CCCAGCGGCAAUACUUCGAUGCUAAGUCUUGCGAUGCCCAAUUUGCAAAUGGACACCGUUAUAGCUUAGCCCAGUAACAGAGCAUACAUAGGAAGAAGGAGAGAGAUACACAUAUAUAGAGAGAGAAACGCACAGGAAAUUUGUGAUUUGAAGGGAGAAAAAGAGAUGGAUGGGCCGCCGGAAAAUGACGUCUGCUCGAUAUGCCAUGCGAGCUUUCACAUCCCUUGCCAAGCCAAUUGCAGCCAUUGGUUUUGCGGCUUCGUCUAGGCAGCAUCAUAGGGCUGAUGUUGCUGAGAUUUUGCAAAGGAUUGAAAGAUACAAUCGUUUGUAUGGCGAGCGUUCAAAUGGUCUCAUGCAGAGAAUGCAAGACCUUCCCUUUCUUCUCAAGAGAUUAUUACGUGAUAUCAUGGAUCCUCAAAGAUCACUGCCAUUUGUCAUCAGGGCACGCGUUUAUCUGGCAAUGAUGGUUAGUUUUAUAUAUGUUAUUAGCCCUGUGGACAUCAUCCCUGAAGCUUUGCUGGGUGUCUUUGGUCUGUUGGAUGAUGUGAUCAUUGUGUUCAUAUGCUUCCUGCAUGUUGCUGCACUUUAUCGAGCUGUUCUACUUUCACGCCAUGGAGGAGGUACUUAGAGUUGAAAUGGAUGUUUUGCACAAACGAAAAAAGAGACGAAAAAUGAACUAUCAUCUUAACUAAAAGAAUAAUAUGGUUAUGUCCUUCUGGAUUUGUGGCAACCGAAUUACAACAAGUGAAGGCCUGCUCAUAAUUUAUCCUCUGUCUUUCUUUUUUGUCAUUUUAUUGAUAUUUUUUAGUUUCAACCCUGUACUGGAUAGAAAUUUGGAUGAGAAAUAAAUUAUUUUAUUGUUGAUGGCAAGUACUUGCGCCUCCA